AUGCGAUCAGCAGGAACCGCUCACGAUUCGAGAACCCUGGAAUCUCUUUAUCGUCUCGUUCAACCACAGUCCUUCUUUGAGGUUCGCAACACCGCUGGGGGAUUCGUGUUUGCGGUAAGCGACGAGACUAGGAUUCGUCGUUUCAUUAUUCUUGGGACCAGCGGUGGAACUUACUACAGCAGCGAAAAACAGCUGACUAUGGAUAAUGUGAACGCUCUGAUUGACAUCAUUGAACGAGGACGAGGGAGUUUGAUCCUGAAGGAGGUCUAUGAAGUUUCACUCGCAGGACGAAAUCCCAAGCAAGAUCCUUUGUUAUUGGCUCUUGCGUUAUGUGCAAGGUACAAUGUUUGCGAUUCGGCUUCGAAAUUGAACAAAGAGGAAGAAGCCCUGGGAAGAGAUGUCGGUGUAGCGAAACUCAAGUAUCUGCAUGAGUUGCAUAAGUCGGCAUUCGGAAUUGUGUGCCGUAUUCCCACUCAUCUGUUUACGUUUGUCAAAUACUGCGAGAUGGUCUCUCAAUCAACCCAAUCAGAAAGUGCGAGGAAGUCCACCGGAUGGGGUCGUCUCAUGAGGAGCGCUAUCCAACGAUGGUAUGCCAGCAAAACCCCUGGUCAGCUGGCCAUGCUCCUCACCAAGUAUCCGCAGAGAGACGGAUGGUCUCAUCGUGACCUUUUCCGGUUGGCCCAUCCCACAUUGAAGGUGUCCAAUUUUCCGACGACCAUUCUUGAAUACGAGCAGUUGUAUCACUUUGCUGUCAAAGGUGAUCUGAAGACCCGGAAACGUAAUCUGUCAAGGGAAGAUGCAGAUAUCGAACAACCUGCUACGAAGUACAGCGCGGUACAAAUGGAUGCUGAGCUUGAGAGCAGAGCGCUUGAUCUUGUUGAAGCAGUAUUGGCGUUAAAAAAUGAGAAAGAUGAAGCGAAAGUUGUAGCAGCCAUUAGGAAACACCGUCUGGUUCGCGAACACAUACCAACUGACAUGCUCAAUUCGGUUGCUGUCUGGCAAGCUCUGUUGGAGGGAAUGCCGAUGACUGCGAUGAUUAGGAAUCUCGGGAAAAUGCAGUCCAUUGGAGUAUUGACUGACUCAUUCCGAACGUCGGUUAUCGCUAGGCUCACUGAUGAAGAAGAGCUUAAACGUGCAAGAAUCCAUCCAAUUCAUGUGAUUUUAUCUUUUUUUUCUUGGAGAGUUUUAUUGUGUUAUAAUUGCAAAAACUGUAUCAAUGAAGCUCUAGAAGUUGCUUUCUAUAAGUCGUUCAUUAACGCUCCACCGACGAAUAAACGCUACUGUUUAGCUUUUGAUAUCUCAGGAAGUAUGUGUAGCUUCAUAUCUGGUACUAUGUUAUCUUGUCGUUGUGCCAGUGCAGCGCUCUCCCUCGUAAGUCUAAAGAAUGAGAAAAUUGUGGAGUGCGUUGGUUUCUCUGAUAAUCUCAUUGAGUUGCCGUACAACGGGGACUGGACUAUUUCCCGAAUUGUGGAAUACAUGGAUGAAUUGGAUUUUGGUGGGACCGACUGUGCUCUGCCGAUGUUGUGGGCAAAGGAAAAGAAGAAAAAAUUUGAUGUCUUCGUGGUUUACACAGACAAUGACACUUGGUUUGGUGAUGUCCACCCGUACCAAGCACUACGAGAUUAUCGUGAGUCAUCCGGCAUCGUUGACGCUAAGUUGAUUGUAAUGGGAAUGACAGCCACUGAUUUCACCAUUGCUGAUCCCGAAGACGCUGGAAUGUUGGAUAUUGUAGGAUUUGAUUCAGCUGUGCCUACGUUGCUCCAUGACUUCGUCACUGGGAAGAUCUAG